UUUUACUCCCUUUCAAUUGACACCCCUGAUAGUGACACUGAUGCUGAUCUUCCUGAGUUGCGCAAUGCAGGAAUUAGACGUUGUCCGUGCCAACCGGAUGUGCGUUCUUUUCCCAACCAUACAACGCAGACACGCAGACUUGGGCUGCAGGGAGUUCUGCAAAUACAUGAUCAAUUUCGUCUUCUACAAAUUCGGCGUUGCGAUUUGCUGGUUCUCCAUUGCAAUGCAGCUGUGCAUCGGAAUCAACGUGUUAGACGUGGGUCUGUCCAUCAUGCUCUGGCUGAUGGUGCUGCCGAGGUCCUCGAUGCGCAAAUUUUGGCCAUUUGUCAGGGCACAGGUGGGAAUGUAUCUCGUAUUCAAAUACAUCGUGGAGACUAGUGAGAAACCAUUCCAUUCAACAACAGAACAAUCAAUCUCCCUGGUGCGGGACAUGAUGCAAGCUUUCCUGCCAGGAUCUCUGCAAGUCGUGAUUAUCAAGAAAUUCAUUACGAGUUUUGAUAUGAUUUGGAACUAUUUUGUCACACUGAUGAUUAGUAGACAAAUCUGGGUAUUAAACGGGCAUUGGGAAAAAUACGGCGGCAAAAACACCGAGCAGUGGCGCAAUUUUGACGACCCUGACUUCAAAAUUGAGGUUGACGACUUUAUGCAGACGCAAGAGUGA